AGGUCACAGGACACCCAGCCCUAAUUUUCUAUAUUCCAGGUGAAGGGUUCAUGCAAGGUCUCUUUCACUUCCAUUCUGCUCAGCCCCUUGUGUCCGUGCACCUCCCCUGGCGGCCACACUUGUGAGUAGGCAACCGAGUUUUGAGUUUGAGGUAAGUCUGGCUAUGAUGCAAUGUUGAUGUGAGUAGAAGGGAAUCCUACUCCUGAGGGGACACAGGCCGGCUACGGUUUAAGGGCGGCGGAGAAGGAAUCCAAGGCGGAUUGAAGCAAUGGCGACGAAGAAUUUCUUCGACUUGCUUGGCGAUGACGAGAACGAGGAUCCAUCUCAGGUAGUGGUUCGGGCUAAUUCUAUCCCGGUGGAGGAGAAGAAACCUGCUGCCGACAAGAAGAAGCCUGCUGAGCCUGCAAAGUUGCCAACCAAACCUGCCCCCCCUUCUGAGGCCGUGAGAGACGGACAGAGAGGUCAUCAGGACGGCUUCAGGGGUGGACGUGGCGGCGGCCGCGGUGGAAGCCGCGGUGGCCGUGGAGAUAGCGGCGCCCCCCGUGAAGGAGGGGGUUACAGGGAGCGUAACUUCAACAACGAGCGGGGUGUCACCCGUGACGCUGACGGUUUCGGUGGUCCUCGAGCCUCGUAUGGAGACAAGCCUCUGCGUAUGGAGAAUGGAGAAGGCCGCCCGUACGACGGAGGUCGCAACAGUGGCAGUCGGCGUGGCGGUCGUGGUGGGCGUGGGUAUGCCGAAGGCGAAGAACGCCCCCGUCGGCGGGAGUUUGAUCGCCACAGUGGCACUGGCAGAGGAAACGAGACUGAGAAGAGGGCAGGUGCUGGCCGUGGCAAUUGGGGAACUGAAGUCGACCCCACUCUCAUCCAGGAAACUGUUGAGGUUGCGAAAGACGAGGAGAAGCCCGCUGUUGAGGUUGAGGGAGAGGAAAAGAAGGCCGAGCCUGAGACAGCUGCUGAAGGCACCGCUGAAGCUGCUGCUGAAAACAAGGAAGAGGAAGAAGAGGAUAACGAGAUGACCUUGGAGGAGUAUGAGAAGGUGUUGGCCGAGAAGCGCAAGGCUCUCGAAGAUGCCAAAGCUGCGGAGAGGAAGGUGGAAGCCGACAAGGAAUUUGAGAAGAUGCAGCUUGUCGACAACAAGAAGCGGGAAGAGGACAUCUUCAUUAAGCUGGGUCAGGACAAGGAGAAAAGCAAGAGAGAGGCCGCUGAGAAAGAGGAGAAAUCCCGCAAGCCUGUUAGCAUCAACGAGUUCCUGAAGCCCGCCGAAGGAGAGAAGUCUUACUAUCCUUCUAACCGUGGCCGUGGAGGUCGGGGUGGCCGUGGAGAUCGCCGUGAGGGCGGUGACCGCCGCGAAGGUGCCGGCCGUGGAGACCGAGACUCUGGCCGUGGAAGGUUCGGUGGUGGUCGUGGAUCAGCUCCAGGAGGUGCGUCUGCCCCCAAGAUCGAAGACCAAGCACAAUUCCCAACUCUGGGGGGGAAGUGAUUGGGCCUAGCUAAGAGUGUGGGGUCGGCAGUGUGGGAUUCACAUGUAUGAGCACUCGUGAGGGUGUCUGGCAAGUGUACCACCUGCCUGAGAUAUUUUAGGAAGUUUUCUGUCGGUGUAACAAAAGUGUAGUUUGCGGUGUCCAAGAAGCUGCCACUGGUUUACUCGCAUCCUAUUUCUAUCCUUCUUUCUCUAUGCCAUCUGUCAAAUCAUCUCGGUUUGUAGUCACGUUUAUGGCCAAAUGUGAUCCCUCCCUUACUGCAUCUGGUUGUUUAGUUCAAAUAUCUGCAAGCUGGUCUAAGAUUGGUAUGAUUUCAGCUUUAGAGGCUUUCAUCAGAUUUGGAAGGUCACAACUCUUUAGAUAGAUCACAUUGGUAGCGUAGUGAGGGGAAUGUUUUUGCACAAAGGAUUCUGAUGCAAUGGUCAGUUCGAAGCCCCAUGACCUACAAGUUGAGGGUAGAGUUCUUCUGAAGAGGGACGGGAUACUGUCAGUUCCUCGAGCUGGUACAAACAAUUUCUGAGAUGAAUUAUGCAGAUAUUUCUUGUUAAACCACA